UGUAGCGUGUUCCAUUAAUUGUACACUCAUACAGUGAUCCAAGGAUGUGUCACAAAUCUAUUUCUAUGUGAAUGAUUCGAACUAUAGUGUAUCCAUCUGGAGUUACUCUUUGUGUUUUAAUUGGUGUGAAGACAGCCGUUUGUUUGGUGAACGAACAACUAACAUGUAUCUUACACGACGAAAGGUGUUCGGACUUUAUGGCAUACUGGCCCUUUUUGCUGUAGUCAUCACACUGAUGAUAGGUGGUUACAACUUCAAUAAACCUGGAUCCACCAAUCGAACAUCGACAACGAAACCCACGCAGUGUACUAAGAGAACCAACAUUGCGUUUUUAAAGGUGCACAAAUGUGGGAGCACCACAAUGUCAAACAUAUUACAUAGAUUUGCACUGAGAUACAAUCUUAAUGUUGUUCUUCCGGAUAAAAACGGAACAAGAUUCUGGGUUCUUGGUUUACUGGAUAAAGACACACACAAGAAGAUUAUCCCUGUGGCAAAAGGAGAAGAGUAUAAUAUACUGGCUGUGGAUACUUAUUAUAAUAAACAUAUAUAUGAACAACUUAUUCCCAAUCAUCCAUUUUUCUUGGCUAUAUUUCGGGAACCUGUCGAACGUUAUAUUUCUUAUCUGUUCUACCACAAGAAUACACGUGAAACUUUAAUCCAAAAAAUGAAAACCAACCCAUAUAUUUUCCAUGGUUAUACCGGUGGAGCACCGCCCAUCCUGAACGAUUUCAGUUUUUAUGUACAAAACUUAAGUCUGAUCAGAUUUACAGAGCGAAUGGACAACGAAUUCGAUAUGAUCAUGGUGACUGAGUAUUUUGACCAAUCGUUGAUUUUGUUAAAACGGAAGUUGUGUUGGACUUUGCGGGACAUUAUAUAUAUUACAAGUAAUAAGAAUUUAAAGAAUUCAGGAUAUGCUAUGAGUCCGGUCGACAGACAAAACAUUAUUAAUCAUUUUAAAAAUGAUUCGAUAUUUUACGAACAUUUUAAGAGUAAAUUGUUUAAAGAAUUGAGUAAACUUGGUGCCGGAUUUUUAGAAGAAUUACACCAAUUUAAAAUGAUUCUUAAACUUGUUAAAGAUUAUUGUACAUUUGUUAAGAAGGGAGAUACGUCUCUUGUUAUUCCUAAAUCCUCGUGGAACCAACGUUUUAUUGUAGAUCCUUAUGAAUGUUUUAUUAUGCAAUUGACAGAAUUUCCCCUUGUUCAGAUAUUACAGAAACGUCAGCAUAAAUUAUACUACGAACGUUCAAAACCAUAGUAUAUGUCAUUUUGUUUAUUACAUGCAGUUCACGUACCUAUUGCACUUGUGGGCAUCGACUUAGGUCACCUAAGUUUGCCUGUCUUCGCACUCCGACCUGUCCUCACAUUGAACAAUAUAAACGCUAUUGUUUUUUAAUUUAUUUUGCGUGUCCGGGUCAGGGGUCGGUUGUUCA